AUGCAGGCACAGCGUCUCCCCGCAAGUCCGCGGAGAAGAGAACGCACGUGGAGCCGGGGAACAUUCUGCCGUCUUUGCGUGUACGUGGUGCUUUUGUCCAGCCCAAGUUUCACACAAGAGGUGCCCAAAGUGCUGUCACCCUGCCCCUGGAAUGACCAACCUGACAGUUUGGAGCGUACUCUGAGCAUGCUCAACAGGCCUGCCGAGAGAAUUCAGUGCUUUGCGUACGCACCUCGGGAAAGGUACGGCGGAACAUUGCGUGAUCAGUCAGCAUUGCCACUACUCAAUAUUGGCCUGCUACCGCUGUACAAUUCGCACGAUGCUGCGCCAGACCCAUCCGCGUGCCGUAUAGCCAGAGGAAAGAUGAUGGUGCAGCUCGUGGAGGCGAUGAAGCUGCUUGUUGAUGAGGCCGUGCUACGGAGCCCGCUAUUCGCCAAGGUGCUGGUCGGUAUCGAGAUGCACGACACAUGUGGAAUGCCGGCCGCGGCGUAUUCAUCUACCAUGUGCCAGGCACAAGCCAAUCGGCGCUGCGACGGAUGCCCACGCUAUCAUUCGAACACCUCGAGCACAGACCCGACAAUGCGCAGUCAGCGUACGCCGUACAUUGGUGUGGUCAUGGGGCCGGCGCUGAGCUCCGAAGUCGGCGUAGUGUCAUCCGCUCUGAGCGUGCUGCAAGUACCACACAUCUCCUACUGGUCAACAUCUGACGAUUUCCGCUGGAAGCAAGAGUUCCCCUACCUAUUCAGAACUACAGCUCCAGACUUUCACGCCGCUCACGCACUCACCGAUAUUCUCCGACAUUUCGGAUGGCGUUACAUUGCCCUGAUCAAUGGUAGGGACUCCGGAAGGGGAUCAGACAUGGCCGCUGUGUUCCGCUCGCUUGCGAUGGAAAGAGAAAGCGGAGACAGCCUGCAGGCGUGCAUUGCAGUCGACGAACAAUUCCAGCGCUCUGAAACGGAGAAGAUCCGCUACAUCAUCCACCGGCUUGUGGACACGCCACCAGCACCCGGCUUGAACACCCCACUAGUGGUGGUGUUCAUUGGUGGCUAUCUGUUUGUGCAGGAUCUUUUUGCUGAGCUGAGGAAGAUGGCGCAGGAAGACAAAGAGUUCCAUCGGCAGCUGUCGCUAAAACACAUAAUUUGGUUGGCAGAUGAUGCUUGGCUAAGCAGAGCUGCAGACAUCAUCCCGGCACCUGGACUUUGCAGAGAUCAAGGUUUGUGCCUCGGACGUCACACAGUCAUCGGGCCUCUGUUCAGAGUGUGCGAUGACUUCCUAUCCGAGGCGAAGGAUUUUGAGAUACGCCUGAAACGGCACUUGGACAAGCUAACAGUGAGCAAGGAGACUGUACGUGACAACCCUUGGUUAGGCGUUGCGUGGCAGCAGCAGUUCGAAUGUUGUCUAAAUUUCAACGGCAAGGCCACCAACUGCACGGCGUGUGAAACUAGCAAGACUGCUGGCCAGGUGUUUACGAAUACCAUGCUACCACCGAUUGCGUCUGGUAGUCUGUGGCUAGCUGCGCAUUCCGCACUCCACGUACUUGAAAAUGUUGUGAGGGAACACGAGCAGCAGCCUGCAGCUGCCCUGCCCAGCGGUCGGGAGCUCCGGCGCCGACUAAGAAACGUAAGCAUCGUGCACAACGGCCAGAGCAAGCCCGUGUUUGGAGUGGACCAGGAAACUGUACCUGCCUUCAGCAUCCAUGCCGUGAUGCUGCGGAACCACAGCACGUACACGCUCGAGGAGAUUGGCUACUGGGAAUCUAGAGGUGAGCUGAGAGCCGGUCACGUGACAAUAACAUGGAACUACACCCAUGCCGACGCCACAAACACACACAUUUGGCCGGGUAACGCAAGCAGCGUGCCGGAAUCGUCGUGCUCUGGACCGUGCGAUGGUGGCCAUGUUCGAAGGGCACGCUACAUGGACGUUGCGAUUAGCUACACGCUGGCUCAAUGCUGCUGGGUUUGUGUGCCAUGUCCGGACGGGACAUACAGUGACAGUGCGAAUAACACGUGUGUUACCUGUGCUAGUGGUCUUGUACCAGGGCUGAAUCGAACGCACUGCAUCAGUCAGUGGGAGCGCUUUUAUGGCUAUGCAUCACUGGCAGGUAAACUGAUUGUUACGCUCUCAUGCCUGGGAAUCAUUUUCACUUUGAUAACAGCGGCCUUCCUCUACACGUAUCGCAGUACCGAUGUGGUUGACAUCGCAAACUUUGAACUGAGUUUGUUGACACUGGGAAUCUUGUUGCUCGGUCAAGUGACAGCAAUCCUCCACUUUAUUGAGCCGGCCGAUUUGAGCUGUUCCGUUAUGUUCGUAAUGCGGAACAUGGUUCUACUUAUGUCCUUGGUUGUCGUUCUACUCCGAUCCCUGCGGUUGGUGGUGGAGUGCGACAACAGCACAGACAUUGGCAGAGGGCUGCGUUUCGUAGCCCAGCAUGUGGCCGCCACGUUCCCCCUACAAAUCAAGUCGGCCCUGGCCAGUGCUGGCCUUCUGCUGCUGGGCUUUUCCAGCGCUGUUGCAUUUCACAACGUGCAUGCAAGCUCGAGCAUAUCUUCAGGCACAUCGGUCAUCCAGGUGCAGGUCUAUUGUCAGGAGCAGGAGGAUCACACGGUCAUGGCGAAUGUCGUGCGACUUACGCUGCUUCUGCUGGUCACCUGCCUGGUGAUGAAGACCAGACGGCUACGCCUCUGCUGUCGAGAGAUGAAGGGCUACAGCAGUCUGCCCAGCGAGGCAGAGCUGCUGUGCUACACGAUCAUCGUCCUCGUCGCGCUCCAUGUCUCCGUCUUUCCCAUCGUGCUCGCCCUAUCGGAUGAUAUCCUGAUGGUGGUGCGCGCCCUGCUUCUCAACAUGAACCACUAUACCAUUCUUGUAAUUCUGUUCUUUCCACGGCUGUAUGCUAUCUACUCGGACAGGAAGCAAGCCUCUAGGAGAAGUUCCAUCGCGACUGGACGGUCCAGGAGUUCGUCACGUGCCAACAUUGAUGCUGGCAGGAUUCUUGCCUUGAACAGGCGGAAAAGCAAGGAGGCGACAAAGCCAAUGGAGGCGCGUGUAGCGUGUCUCCUGCCCAGGGAGAGUCCGUCUCCAGGCUUAGAGGCUGUAAAUGCCCAGCGAUCUGGCGUGUCCACUGUGGAUACUGAAGCAGCGCAUGAUAUUGCUUCCACGUGUGCACCGACAGUCUUGUCGAAUUGCGAUGAUGAUGAGUCGAUGAACAGAACUUGGAGUAGCUCCAAUGGUCAUGUAAGACGGUUCACGAUAGGCUCUGAACCGCCGUCGCUGUUUCUUUCUGAAAACUCGGCGGCGACAUCUGUGGCCGUGAGUUACACUUGCAAAUCACGUAGCUAUACUCAUCUAGAGUCCUCUGUGUGA